AUGGGGGAUGGAAAAAUACUUCCAUACAGAGGGAAGGUCUUUGCUUCUACAAAAGAACGCCGUCAGAGUUGGAAUGGAAUUGAGCAAGAAAUUACUGGAAGGGUACAAAGGAAGCUUGCAUAUGAAACGACUUGUGUUGUUCGAAUAUUUGGAACAGUUGACAAUGCAGAUGUGGAAGCCACUUUAUGGGUUCAAUCACCAAAUGGUCGCGAGGAGUAUAUAUGCAUUGCCAAGUGAGUUUUAUUACUGCCUCGAUCGUUUUUAAUUCAUGAAUAUUAGUGACACAUGACCAAAUAAUCAUUUCUUAGUGAUCUGUAUCGCCCCGAAGAUCUGUUCAGAUCUCUUUCAUCCUCAGUUUCUCUUAACAUCGUGCCCAUCUUAUCCCAGGGUGCAGGCAUCGGACAAGGAAUGGGUUCAUCUUCAUGGAAAGUUCCUUAUAAAUGGGAGUCCAUCGAGAGUUGUUAUCUAUCUGGAAGGUCCUCCCCCAGGUACAGAUAUCCUUGCUGCCAGUUUCGACGUCAAACGUGCAGAGAAGCUUCCACGUCUACCUCCGCCUAACUUUGAGGUUAGCAAAUGGUUAAUAGCCUUAUUUUUCCGAAAGUAGUUCCAUUAAUUCAUCUACUUUGACUAGACCCGCAUAACAUCACUCAAAGUUCUUGUCAGGAUAGCAUCUGUUGAUAUUGUCGGCACGUAGAUUCUACCCUGUACUUUUGUAACGUCUACAUUUUUCAUGUCAGAGACACGAAAGAAUUGCGGUUGGGUCAGGGAGACUCACAAACAUCAUCUCGAAUCCUGGCUUCUCCGAGGGGUUGCAUUUUUGGCAACCGAACAGUUGCAAUGGAUGUGUCGUCUCUGGGGCUCGCGCUUCUGCCGAGGGUGUGACCGCAAGAUCAGGGGAAAGCUUUGCUGUUAUUUCAGAUCGAACAGAGUCCUGGCAGGGCUUGGAGCAGGACAUCACGGACAGGGUCUCCAUCACUUCUUCCUACACCGUUUCAGCAUGGGUUAGGGUUUCUGGGGGUCAGCAUGAGGCAUGUGAGGUCCUCGCAACGAUCAGAUUGGAGUCCCCACAUACAACUGCAUCUUAUAUGUUGACAGGGAGGUAAUACAACCUGUACUGGUACUACUCUUUUAGUUUCUAUCCUAUGAGUGUUGCUGAGUAGAAAUCAGUUGACUGCAGGGUUUUGGCUUCAGAGAGGCGCUGGGUGGAGCUGAAGGGUUCUUUCUCUCUGUCGGAUAUGCCAAAACGGGUAGUGUUUUUCCUGGAAGGACCUCCUCCCGGAGUGGAUCUUCUCAUAGAUUCUGUAUCCAUUGUCUCCUCACAUCUGGACGUGCAAAAGGUGAAGUUGUAAUGUCUUUCCAGUCUUCUGUGCAGUUGAUAGAAAAGUAGGGUUUUGGCGAAUGAGCUAGGUUAGGUACAAAUCAGGUCUUGCUUGGAGAUAAUAUAAUCGAGAACAUCUCAUAUAGUUGAUUAUUUUACACUAUUUCCUCAUAAAUAUAGUAUUUUGUGGUAAAUUUAACACUUUAUUGUAAUUUUUUUUAACACGUGCAAGCUAAUUUAUACAGAAAGCAGGGUCUUCUUUUCUAAUUGAGAACAGCAUGUAUAGUUGACUUUUUUUUAUUGAAUUUUUAUAUAAUUUUAGUUUACUGUUUCUCCAUUUGAUUCUGCAGAGGGUCUUGUUUGGGGAGAAUAUAAUCAAGAACAGCUCUCUCACCGAAGAGCUGACCAACUGGCAUCCCAUGGGCGCCUGCACUCUGAAACUCUGCAGCGGCUCACCUGUCACGCUUCCUUCUUUGGCAAAGCAGUCUCUGGGUCACCACCUCCUCCUCAGCGGCCGCUACAUACUGGCAACAGGCCGCUCUGAGGCCUGGAUGGGCCCCGCUCAGACGAUCACAGACAGGCUGAGGCUACACUUGACUUACCAGAUAUCUGCCUGGGUCCGUGUGGGAGCAGGAACUGGAGGUCCUCAGAACAUCAACGUGGCGCUUAAUGUGGGUCAACGGUGGGUCAACGGAGGCCAGAUUGAAGUCAACGACGGUCAAUGGUAUGAGGUGUCGGGAUCGUUCAGAUUGGAGGAGGGGGUGGCCGAGGUGACCGUUUAUGUUCAGGGGCCAUCCCCUGGCGUUGACCUGAUGGUCGCUGGGCUUCACAUAUUCCCCGUUGACAGGAUCGGGAGGUUCGAAUAUCUCAAGAAGCAGACUGACAAGGUAUUUGGGUAUUAAAGAGUCUCUUGGCAUUCUCCCCAAGCGAUCAUGAUACUUGACUUCCAAUUCUGUUGGUCUUCUUCAUCCAUCAGGUGCGGAAGCGCGACGUCGUGCUGAGGUUCCACGGGCCCCACCACCGGCACCAGCCGGUGAGAGUCCGGCAGACGAAGAACAGUUUCCCCUUCGGGGCGUGCAUCAGCCGGUCGAUCCUGGACAACGAGGACUUCGUUGACUUCUUCCUGAAGAACUUCACCUGGGCGGUCUUCGCCAACGAGCUCAAGUGGGCCCACACGGAGCCCCAGCGUGGGGCCCACAACUACGCCGACGCCGACGAGAUGCUCGUCUUCUGCGAGCGCCACGGCAUCCAGGUCCGGGCUCACUGCCUCUUCUGGGAGUGCGAGGAAACACUCCCGACUUGGGUCCGCUCCCUGAACCGGUCCGAUCUCGUGGCGGCGAUCCAGGCCCGAGCCGCCUCGGUGCUUACCCGCUACCGCGGCCGAUUCCGGCACUGGGACGUGAACAACGAGAUGCUCCACGGGUCCUUACGGGAGCGUCUAGGGGCCGAUUUGUGGGUGCACAUGUUCCAGCUGGUCCACCGGGCGGACCCCACCGCUGCCCUCUUCGUCAACGACUACCACGUGGAGGACGGCCGCGACCCGAAGUCCACCCCGGAGAAAUAUGCGCGCCACGUCCUCGACCUCCAGGACGGCGGCGCCGCCGUAGGCGGGGUCGGGAUCCAGGCCCACGUGGACCGCCCCGUAGGGCCCAUGAUCGCCGCCGCGCUCGACCGGCUGGCGGCACUGGGGCUACCCAUCUGGUUGACCGAGGUUGACGUGUCGGCGGCGGACGAGCACGUGCGGGCGGAGGACCUCGAGGUGGUGCUGCGCGAGGCCUACGCGCACCCUACCGUGGGAGGCGUGAUGCUGUGGGGCUUCUGGGAGACGGCCACUUGGAGAGAGCAUUCCCACCUCGUUGACGCGGAGGGCGGGGUCAACGCGGCCGGCGAGAGGUUCCUGGCUCUGAGGAGGGAGUGGCUGACGGAGGAGGAGGGGGCGGUCGACGGCGCUGGCGAGUUCAGGUUCCGAGGCUUCCACGGCACGUAUGACGUGGAGGUCGCCGCCGCCGCAAGCGGGGGAAGUCAAUGCUGGUCAACGUUGGUCACGAUCGUCGUGGAGGAGGGGGAGUCAACGUUGGUCAUAGACGUGCACUCAUAG